CGUGCGCGGGUCCCGCCCGUUUCCGCCCCAGCGGCCGCCUCAGGCGGGAGCCGCGCCCAUGACGGGCAGCGAUGAGGGUCGGAGCCGCCCCGCGGCGCCCCGCGCCCGGCCGCGCUUCGGAGCGUCGGUGUGAGGCCGUCCGUGCGCUCUCCCUUCUCCAGCGCCUCGCCGCGGGGCAGGGAGGAGGGGCAGGGCGGACAUGGCCAGCCCCGACGAAUGGGAGCGCCUGAAGCCGCUGCAGCCGGACACGCUGCGUGAGAGUGAGGCAUCAAUGGUCAACUUGAAUGUGCACAAGGACACACAGCUUGUGAAAAAAACUGCAGAAGUCAAAAGGCCUCGAUUUGAUGCAUCCUUGGUGCUUUUGACACGAAGAUUUAUGGCUCUUCUCAGAAAAGCUCCAGACGGUGUCCUUGAUUUAAAUGAAGUAGCAACAACACUUGGAGUACGAAAACGAAGAGUGUAUGACAUCACCAAUGUGUUGGAUGGCAUCGACUUGAUUCAGAAAAGAUCUAAGAAUCAUAUCCAGUGGAUAGGUAACGAUCUUGACCAACUUAUUGGAAAAGCACAAGAGCAGCAAAACCUUAGAGAUGAACUUACUGACUUAUCAGUCAUGGAAGAAGCGCUGGAUGAAUUAAUCAAGAAUUGUGCUCAUCAGAUAUUUGAACUAACAGAUGACAAAGAAAAUGCUAAUAGCUUAUGUGACGUACCAAGAUAUCCGAAGCAUUCAGGCAUUUCAGGAACAGAUUGUGAUUGCAAUCAAAGCUCCAGAGGAAACCAAUUUGCAAAUACCAGUUCCUAAAGAUGAUCACAUAGAAGUACAUGUGAAGAGCACAAAAGGACCCAUUGACGUGUAUCUAUGUGAGGUGGAAAAAGAAAAUCCAGGUGCCAAAACUUGUGAAGAUAUGGAUACUGUCACUAGUGAAACUGAGACAUAAUUUUAUCCUGGUGAAGUGAGAUCUCCGAUGGAAGAGAAAAAAACAUUUGAGAUGCCAGAUUAAUUACAACACAAAAAUCUAAUAUAGAAUGUAAAUAUCUGUGUUAUAGGACUUUUCCAAACUGCUUGGAUCUACAAACUUUGGAACAUUUCAGGUUACAAAGUAUUUUAAAAACCCAGCAGUGGAUUGGUUGAGUGCUUUCACAGGAUUGCUAAUGUUCCCAAGUAAAAAGGCUUGUUUCUGGAGUUGCGUUUAGGAGUUUUGUUUUCUUAAUUGCAUGUGGCCUACAGAGCUUUGGGAAAACAGUAUUUUUACCUUAUAAUUUUAAUUGACAGAAAAUAUAGAUAAUAAUUACUUCCAAAAAAUAAGGUUGGAGAACAAUUUCUGGAAGGGUCCACAAUCUGUGUGAGAAUGUGUAAAAUGAAGAAAUGUACUUUUCUGUUCUAAGGCUGCACUACUAAGCAGGAUUGUCAAAUAUAAGUGUAACAAAGAACUGGUGUAUUGGAAGCCUUUGCUAUAAAGAACAAGAUGUAAAUAUCCUGAGAGUUAUGCCUUACACUGUGUAGGUGCUGUUUGCAUCCAGCUCUACAUGAACUAUGGUAUCAACACUGAAGUGAAAUAAUUGGGCUCUGUGUACAUACUUGUAUCAUUUCUAGGUAGUUACUGAUGUACAUUUAUUGAGAUGGUUUGCAUUUCUGCCUCUGUACAGCAAAGAAAUAAAAUAAGCUUACAAAAAUAUGAAAUAGUCUAAUGAAACAUGUUGGGUUGCAUUUGCUGCAAUUCACUUGGGAACUAAAAAUAUUUUAAAUUAUGUAUAAAUUUAAAAUCUGUUAUACAUGGUGCUGUCAGAUAACACUUGAUGUCAGAUUUUGUGAUUCACUUAGAUAUGGAGCUUUUGAUGCCACAGUACUGUAGCAAUUUUCAGAAGAAUGAAUGAUAACUACUUAAAUUGGUCCCUUCCAGUUUCUGGAGUUUACAUACAGCAGAGCUUUAGUUGAGUAUCGUGAUGUCUUUGUGGCUCAGCUUGCAAAAAUACAUGAAAUACUUUAAGACUAUGUCUGUAUUAGCCAUCUUUCAUAUCCAUAAAGCUGUCAAAUUUGUAUACUGGAACUUCUAAAGGAGUGAACUGACACUGUACAAAUGCUGUGCUCACUUCAUCCCAAUAUGGUUUCUGUAGGGGUGAGGUGGGUUGGCAGGUUUGGUUUUAAAUGGGAAGUCCAAGUCCAUGAGUCACGCAGUAUUGACAACUAUACAUGCACUCACAAGUGAGAACAUCAAAGCUAAUUAACCUCUACAUAUUCUAGCCAGCAACUCUACAGCUAUUUUAGACAGAUGAAGUGAAUUUAAAUGUUCUAUGUUCUACAGUACAAAUAAUGUGGCACAGCUGAUGCGAUGAGCAUAAAAUGCUAAGAAGUCUGUCAUCAACAGCGGAACAAUUCAUUGAAAUGAAACAUUAGGAUUUUUAAUUUUGAACAAAUUUCUAGUGAUUGUUUUUCCUCACUCAUUUGUACAGGUUUUUCAGCAGUAUAAUUAAUGUUUUUAGCCACACAAUUGUCACAGUGACAUGGAAGAAGCUGUAAUAUGACAAUUAUACUGUUAAUAUUUUAUUAAAUACAUUUGUGGUUUUAAUGGUGCACCUUCAGUGGAAUGAAUGGACUUUGGAAAAUUAAACCACUGCUUUUACUACUUCGUUAUGUACAGUAUUACCCAUUGGUGAUGCUGGAAAACAAUGUACUGUAUAAGCUCAGUGCACUAACUAGCUGAAAAUAUUCAACUUGGACUUGAAAAAUUCCUGAGUGAUGCUGAACUUACACACAAGUUACAAGGUCACUUGUAAAUGUGACAGGACCUUACUCUGAAUUUUUAUAAUAAUGCUUGAUUUUUUUUUUUCUUUUGAGAGAUUUUUUUUUUGCUGAGUCUAUAUCUGUGCAUUUUCAGUACAUUUGUAUGUGUAACAAGCUCUCUUGGCUAUUUGAGGACUCUAAUAAAUUAAAAGUUUCUAGUA